AUGAGUCUCAUCAAGGGGCUGUUAAAGAUGACUAUGAAAUCCCACUUCGCAGAGCGUGGUGAUCGCCUGAAUCUCUUCUACAAACUGGAAGCCCAGGCACUUGACCCCAAAACCGCCGAUCGCCCCUUCGUCGUGUAUAAUGGCCAAACCACAACUUUCCACGAUGCAUACAUUAUGGCACUUCGCUAUGGAGCCUGGUUCAAGAAGAUACAUGGUAUCAAGCGCAAGGAAAUCGUGGCGAUGGACUUCAUGAAUUCCUCCACAUUCAUCUUCAUGGUGCUUGGACUUUGGAGCAUCGGAGCAGUGCCGGCUUUCAUCAACUAUAACCUGGCGGGAAAACCGCUGACCCAUUCAGUACGAACCUCUACUGCCAGACUUUUGGUAGUUGACGAAGAUGUGCGCCACUGCUUCCCAGAGGAGCAAGAGAAGAUUUUGACAUCGCCGGAUUUCCGCGAGGGCAAGGGACCGGUUGAAAUCGUGUUCCACACCCCGGAAGUCGAGGCACAGAUUUUGGGAAUGGAACCUGUCCGUGAGGAUGACGAGGUGCGUAGUGGCUUGGUUCCCCGUGACAUGGCCAUCUUGAUCUACACCAGCGGCACUACUGGGCUUCCCAAACCUGCCAUUGUUAGUUGGAAGAAAUGUUGGGCGGGUAGUCUAUUCUUCGGGGACUGGAUGAGCAUCACCCCUUCAGACAGAUUCUUCACGUGCAUGCCUCUCUACCAUAGCUCUGCUUCGGUACUUGGCUUCUUGACUUGUCUGGCGAAUGGAUCAACCUUGAUCAUUGGCCGCAGAUUCUCAGCGCGCAAUUUCAUCAAGGAAGCUCGCGAGAACGACGCAACCAUCAUCCAAUAUGUUGGUGAAACCCUCCGAUACCUCUUGGGUGUCUCACCCGAGUUUGACCCCGCCACUGGCGAGGAUCUUGACAAAAAGCACAAGAUCCGCCUGGCUUUCGGUAACGGGCUGCGCCCCGAUAUAUGGAAUCGCUUCAAGGAACGGUUCAACAUCCCUACUGUCGCUGAGUUCUAUGCUGCCACCGAAGGCACAACGGGCUCCUGGAACCUUUCAUCCAACGAGUUCUCCGCAGGCGCCAUUGGACGGAAUGGCGCAUUAGGAAACAUCAUCUUCGGACGGGGAACUGCGAUUGUAGACGUCGAUUUCGAGACCCAGGAGCCCUGGCGCGACCCAAAGACCGGUCUUUGCAAAAAGACUCCUCGCGGUGACCCUGGUGAAUUGCUAUUUUUGAUUGACGCAGCAGACCCUUCGGCCAAAUUCCAAGGCUACUUUGGGAACAAGAAGGCCACAGAGAGCAAGAUCAUCCGCGAUGUGAUGAAGAAGGGUGACGCCUAUUUCAGGACCGGUGACAUGGUCCGCUGGGAUAAAGAGGGCCGCUGGUUCUUCUCGGAUCGGCUGGGUGAUACUUUCCGCUGGAAGAGUGAGAAUGUAUCUACCAGCGAAGUCUCCGAAGUUCUCGGUGCUCAUUCCGAAGUCCACGAAGCAAACGUCUACGGCGUUACCCUUCCAAAUCACGAUGGUCGCGCCGGCUGUGCAGCCAUCGUCUUCAACCAGCAAGUGGCGAGUGGUGGCCUCUCCGACCCUGCGCUUGAGCCAUCGCGCCAAGUUCUCGACAAUCUAGCUGCCCACACCCUUAAGAACCUACCCCGGUUUGCGGCUCCUUUGUUCUUGCGAGUCACGCAUGAGAUGGAGUCGACGGGAAACAACAAGCAGCAGAAGCACACUCUUCGCACCGAGGGCGUCGAUCCAUCUCUGGUCUCGAAGAAAGAUCGACUAUACUGGCUCCAAGGCAAUACCUAUGUGCCCUUUGGGUCAAGGGACUGGGAACGGCUGAAUGGUGGACAGGUUCGACUUUGA